CAUCUCCAUGGCAACGGUCCACCAACAAAAACCCCGGAGACGGACGGAUAUCGCGCAGCCGAGGAUGAAGGAAGCCGGAGCGCCCCCCCGGGUCCGAAGGGUCUUCAUCAACCACAUCGACUCCUACGCGUCCGAAAGCAUCGCACAAUGUCUGUCUGAGCGUGUGGGCGGACAGACGGAGGAAGAGGAGGAGGAGGAGGAGCUCGAGAUAACCCCCCAUGGUGCCGCGACAGCUUUUCACGUUGUAGGAACCGUCAGUGGCAGACAUGCAGUGGCCCUUCCAUGUGUUGUGGAGGCGUAUUUACAACCCAACAGGGAGGAGCUCCUGUCAAAGCUGAUUGACUGCGACGUGAUCAUCUACAACAUUACCCAGCAUGCCGAGCAGGUGGAUGAGGCCCUGUGGGCCGUUUCAGCUCUCCACAAGGAGAUGGGCCGUUUCUCCGGAGGGAAGAUGUUCAUCCUGGUCUCCACGGUGAUGACCUGGGCAGCCAGCAAGCCGCUCAAUUCUGAUUUCACUGAUGAGCAUUUCUUGAAAAGGAGACCACAUCCCAACUUCCAACCACACAUUGACCUGGAGAAGAAGGUGGUCCACAUGGGGAAAACUAAGAGGGGAUUGUUCUCCACAUACGUGGUGGCGUCAGGACUUCAGUACGGGAUGGGAGAGCAGGUCUUCCACUACUUCUUCAAGACAUCAUGGCUGGGACAUGAAACACCCGUCUUUGGAGACGGAACAAACAUCGUCCCCACGAUUCACGUCAGUGACCUAGCGAGGGUGAUCCUGAAUGUGAUUAAACACCAGCCCAAGCCUUAUUACCUUCUCGCUGUGGACUCCUCCAGCAAUACCUUGGAGCAGAUCGUGAGGGAAGUUGCCUCUAUGUUUGGAGCAGGAAAGGUCCAGAAAAGGCCUUUUGAGGAGGCCUAUCUCACUGAGGACUUGAGUACGGUGGAAAUCGAUUCCUUGCUUGUCAACCUGCGCAUGCAGAAUGUCCAUCUUAAAGAACUGAUCCCCAUCGACUGGCUGUGUGAGACGGGUCUGGUGGACAACAUGGAGCUGGUGGUGGAGGAGUACCAGAAAGCCAGGGGACUUCUGCCCCUCCGCCUGUGUGUGCUGGGGCCUCCUGCAGUGGGGAAGAGCACAGUGUCCAAACAGAUCAGUGAAUACUACAAGGUCCAACACAUCACACUGAAGGAAACCAUCGCGGAAACCAUCUCACAACUGGAAGAUAAUGUGAGGAAUGCUGAUCCAGAUGCAGCGGAUGAGAACUCUGCAGUAGAGGCCAAGGAGUUUCUGAACAGCCUGAAGGACAGUAUGGAGCAGUACGGAGGACUUUUGGAUGAGCAGCUGUUGGUGAAGGUGGUGAGGAACAAGCUGAUGUCUCCUCCGUGCAGAAACCAGGGUUUUGUACUCGACGGCUUCCCUAAGACAUAUGAACAGGCCAAAGAGCUCUUCUAUGCUGAAGAAAGCCAACCAGAAGACGGAGCUACCCAGAUGUCUUCAUGCAGGAGGAAGAUUAUGCCAGAGUUUGUGUUGUGCCUGGAUGCGUCGGACAUCUUCCUGGAGCACCGCGUGAUGAUGCUGCCUGAGAGGCUGGUACAGGAGCACAACUACGAGCAGGAGCACUUCCAGCGACGACUGGCCGGAUACAGAGAGAACAACGCGGAGGAUGAAACUGUCGUGAACUACUUUGAGGAGCUGGACCUCUCCCCUCUGUACCUGGAGAUCACAAGUAGCGAGGAACCCGACCACCUGCUAAUGAUGCAGACGAUCUUUGACACAGUGGGCCAGCCCAGGAACUACGGCCCCACCAGCCUGGAGGAAGAGGAGAGGAGGAAGGCUGAAGAGAAGAUGGAGAGAGAAGCCCAGGAGAAGGCUGAGGAGGAGAGGCAGGAGGCUGAGAACGCUCAGCACAGGGCGGCACAGUGGGAAGAAUGGACUCAGCGUUUGCAGGAGGUGAGGCAGCAGGAGGAGGAGGUGCUGGAGGCAGAGUCCGCCCCUCUGAGGAACUACCUGAUGGAGCACGUCAUGCCCACUCUGACCCAGGGCCUGAUAGCAUGCUGCACAGCCCGCCCACAGGACCCUGUGGACUUCCUGGCGGAGUUCUUGACGAGGAACAAUCCCACCAACCAGUGAAAGUGGAGCUCCUCUCCUCUCGUUCAACUUGAUGCAAAUAGAAAAUAAACAAAAUAAAAGAUGUUCUCCUCAUUUUCCUAAGUAUAUUACAGCCUGAAGUCAAUAACAAGCAGCAUUUGUGUUCCAGGAAAACCUCAUGUGUUUCAGCCGUGUCCCUCGGUCCAUGCUGGGAUUUUGAUUAGAUGUGAUUUGCAAGUGGCCCAUUCUGUGGCCCCUGUUGUAUUUACGCACAGCUUUGUUUGGGCUCUUGUGUGCCGGCCGUUACUUGAAAGCCCCCUAAAAAAGCAGAUGAAAGUGUGCAUGAAGCCAAAGCUAAUUAGGAAGUUAAUUUGCUUAAUGAACUUGGUAAACUCCGAAGUAGACACGCUCGGGUCAUAAUUGCUUUGAUUUGGCUUCCGAUAUCCAGGAAGGAUAAAUGUUACAAAUGGCUGCCAAUUUGUGUCUCUCUCAUGUUGCCGCGCCGACUCCAAAGUGAACAUAAUUGGUUGCAACAGAACACCAAAUUAUUUCAUGGUACAUACUUAAUCACCACAUGGGGAAAUUAGUUGAAUAUGAAUUAGUUUAUUUGGGAAACGUGAGUCGAGCAGACGAUUGCAAUGCACCAUCUGAGUUUCCUGAAAGUAAAAUAUGGUAAUACAAUAUUUUGAUAGUCUCUGGAGUUCUGGAACAUGGAGCAGCUUUUGUAUUUUCCAUCUCAACGAGCAGAAGAUACAUGUCACAACAACAGCAGGUGCACGUAACAGCACCUCUGUGUUCAGAGCGGAGCGGCCGAGAUGUUUUUACUCAAGCAUAGGUCAUAAACUGUGACAUUAACAUUGGAGUUGUGAGUGCAGCAGGGGGGCAGACUGGGUCCACUGGGAGGCUGGGCUCCCGCCCGUUUCGCGGCGAGGGUGGGUUGGGGGCGGGACCAUCUCUUUACCUCUGUAACCCCAUCUUUAAAAGGACCGCGGCAAGAGGAAAACAAAAACAAGAACAACAAAGAAACAACCAGACACUCAGCCGGCCAACAUGGUUUGGGACAGUGAUCAGUGUUGGACUGGCUGACCAUUACACGAUGACAAUGUCAUCACUGAGUAAAGUGUACUUCGUACUUCAGCCCUCUACCACAACGUUCCAUUCAAUAACUGAGUGGUAGAUGUGGCUGACUGUAGAAAGCAGCGUUGUCCUGGAACUGGAGGAUUGGUGGUUUGAUCAGCAGCUUUCUCCUCACACCCAAGGGCGUAACCAUGCGUUAGACAGUGGGGGGGGUCCAAAUGAAUACCAUUCCCCAUAUUAUUAUUUCUUAAGUGCAUGGCCUACUAUUCUAUAUUUCUAUUUCUAUGUUUCUAUUGACCAUUUAAAUGAACAUCUAAAGGAAUAGUGUCAUUUCUCUGUGACAGUGACUGAGUUGCUUACUAUUUACUGACCUUAAACACACCUACCAAUUACAAUUGUGCUCUUCCAGUAGUGCUGUAGCAAAUAGGAUGCUUCCAAAGGAAAAAGAAAGACCACAUACCCAAAGCAUGUUUAUGUAAAUAUUUUAAUUACAACAACUAAUGCUGUACUUGAACAAAUUACGGACUUUCCCUUUAACAAAAAAAGGUAUCUAAAUAAAUGACCCAAAACCUGGAGGCGUUCAUCAUUAAGCUUAACUAAGCGCUGACAGAUUUGUUUCCUGUCCAAAGCGUGCGAUUACUCCUGAUGCACAUGGCGACGUUGUUCAGCCGGGUCUGCGUCAUCAUUGUUCUCGGCCAUGUCUUCAGACGUCUCAAGGCGCUGAAACUUCGCUCUGCCUCUGCUGAGGAGGCAGGAGAAACCAUCAGCAGUCUCAACAGGAUCGCAACUUGCUUGAAAAGAUGUCGCCCCUCUGGCACCAUUUCCCGGAUGAUGUCUGCUCCCUCUGAGGAAGUUGUACACAUGUAGUUGGCCCGGAACAUUUUCAGCUGCACUUCUAAAGUCAUGGCAUUCAACUCUGGGUAGUCAUCCACAACCGCAUCAAUGUUCCCAGAGAGGACUACGUCCUCUAAUUUUUGCAGUUUUUGAAGCCCUGGCUGCAGCGCUCAUUGCAUUGCACCACAACAGUGUCCAAGGUAUUAAAGUACUGUAUUCUUUAGCUACACUAGCUAUGUUUUCUCCAGUAGUGGAUAUGAGCUGACACAGGCCUAUGAAUUCCUCUCUGGGCUGCAAGUUUUUAUCAACAAAUCGCGGACAGAAGGACUCUUGCUCAACUCCUGCUGCGUCCCGUGUCCCAUCAAUUCGAAGGGAAUACUGAACCACUGGCAAUGAGUGGAUUUCCUGUGUGACAAUUUCACGUACAAUUGUGCUACUGACGAUUUGAAGGACCUCGUUUUGAAUUGUGGGGCUGGUGAAGUUGUUGUGCCGCUCACCCUCUGCCUUGUACUUUACAACUGGUGGAAGUUGCCCUCUUUGUUGUCAUGUCCCCUUAAAGCAUUGCCCUGUCUGGGCAAGCAAUCACCCCACCCCCCCAAUCUUUAAGAAACUAUUCCUGGUCACCUGCUGCUGCUUUUGCAACUGAGGGGACAGUUGAGUGCUGACAGGCUGUUUUUGACGCUGCUGAAUGGCAAUCGCUGUCUUCAUGUUGAGAGAACCUUUGAAGAGCUUUUUUCCAGUUACUGAAUCGGGUUUUAAUAAAAGCUCCAUCAGCCUUACUGGCUAAGGAAGAUUUCUGAUCUCCAAAAUAUUUGGCACAGUAAAAACAAAGCACACCUUUAAGUGAGGGACUGUAAUGAAGCCAUUUGUACUGCUUAAACCAACUGUCUGGAAUUUUUUUUUCGGGGGACCGAGUUUCAAUAAAGCGGGUAUUGGGCUGGUGUGGGCAGGUACCGAGCUCCUCCUCACGCUGAUCUAAACCAACAUGUAGCGUUGGAAAACCCAGUAUGUUUCCACCAAGAAAUCAUACACAAGAUGCAGGUACCUGUAAUGCCUUACUCAGCUACAUACUUAAAAUGACUGUCUGUGUGCAACACUAAAUUGCAUUAAAUUUCACGUUACUUUCUCACCUGAUCAUCUGCAUGUGCAGAGCUUGUCUGGCCACUGCUUUCAUCUUGCCUGUCUCUUUCCCUGUCUCGUGUGACGCCUGCAUUGUGACCACAUGUCAUUUUAUCAGUAAAACAGCGACUCGUGCUCUUA